UUUUUCCAACUGCUCAGUUGGUCUAAUAAAAGAUAUCACAUCUACCCAAAGAAGCCUGCCUGCCUAAGGUUCUUCAGCAUAUCUACCCAGAUGACUGCAUACCUCUGAGCCAUGGGAUUGGACUCAGUUUCCGAGAUGCAGGCAGACUCCAUUCUCCACAGCGGCUACUUCCACCCUGUUCUGCGCUCCUGGCAGACCGCAGCCACAGCCUUUGAUGCAUCUAACCUCAUCUACCCCAUUUUUGUCACUGACAACCCUGAUGCAGAGGAGCCGAUCGCCAGCCUCCCCGGACAAGCCAGGUAUGGCGUCAACAAGCUGGAGGGGAUGCUGCGCCCCCUGGUGGAGGAUGGCCUGAAGUGUGUGCUGAUCUUUGGCGUGCCCAGUAAAGUCCCCAAGGAUGGAAGAGGCUCCGCUGCUGACUCCAAAGACAUGCCAGCCAUCCAGGCCAUCAGGAAGAUCCGUUCCUCCUUCCCAGAGCUGCUGAUUGCCUGCGAUGUCUGCCUGUGCCCCUACACCUCACAUGGGCACUGUGGCAUCCUGCGGGAGGAUGGCACCAUCCAGAAUGAGACCAGCUGCCAGAGGCUGGCAGAAGUGUCACUGGCCUAUGCCAAGGCAGGAUGCCACAUCGUGGCCCCUUCAGAUAUGAUGGAUGGACGCAUUGCAUCCAUAAAACAAGCCCUGAUCUCCAACAACAUGGGCAACAAGGUCUGUGUGAUGAGCUACAGUGCCAAGUUUGCUUCCUGCUUCUAUGGUCCCUUCAGAGAUGCUGCUCAGUCCAAACCUGCCUUUGGAGACCGGCGAUGUUACCAGCUUCCUCCAGGUGCCAGGGGCCUGGCCCUGCGAGCUGUGGACCGAGACGUGAGGGAGGGAGCAGACAUGCUGAUGGUAAAGCCGGGGAUGCCCUACCUGGAUAUUGUGGGAGAAGUCAAAGCCAGGCAUCAUGCCCACCCACUGGCAGUUUACCAUGUAUCUGGGGAGUUCGCCAUGCUGUGGCAUGGAGCAAAGGCUGGUGCCUUUGACCUAAAGGCUGCUGUGAUGGAGGUGAUGAGAGGGUUCAGGCGAGCAGGGGCUGACAUCAUCAUUACCUACUUCGUGCCCCAGCUGCUGAAGUGGCUGAAGGAGCAAGAGGCAUGAAGUGCUUCAAUAACACGAACAAGUAGAAGGAAACCUGCAAGGGUUUGAAAAGACUGUGAACCAAACAAGAUUCCUGUGGGGUCUUAAACUUAGAGCCAAAUUCAGCUCCAGUGUGAGCAGACACAGUGCCAUCAAUGACACGGGCACUGCAGCCUCAGAUUCAGGCUGACUUUGGCCCAAAGACACCAAUGGAAACUAGUUUUUACAAAAUGUUAUUUUAAAUUUGGGCUUUAAGGCUGAGACCCUCACAGAGCAGCGAAAGGCACCUGGGGCCAGAGCUGAUCCCUCCAGCAACCUGCUUUAGCGAGAAACCUAAUUUAUAUGAUGGUCUAUUUUAAGGUGGGGCAUACUAAAUUUCCCAGCUGCUACAGGAUUCUUUGUGGAGGAGGGACCUAUUUCUUACUGCUCCCCUCAGCUAGAGUCACAUCCUUCCCAACCCAGCCUGGCUGUUGCUAACACAGUGGGAGCCUAAUGUGGGGGAUUUGGCUUGCUAAGAAUAUUGACCUGCUUGGCUCCUUGGGUGGUUCUCAGGCUUUCCUUGGAAUUUUCCCCCUCCAGCACACUAAGCAAAACAAGCAAUCUCUUUGUUGCAGCCCUCAGCUUCCUGCCCCAUGUCGCAUCAGCCAGUUUCUUUGUGGAGUCUCUUGUGCUUUCCCUUUUGUAAACACGCUGCUGUUUUAAACGUUUAAAUACUUAAACAUCCCAAGCACCUUCAGAGCUGGGGGGGGGUGGCGCUCCCCCUCCAGAGCACAUGUGCCUUGUGGUCAUUGUGGGGGGUAGAGAAUACAGUGUAGGUUUUCAGCAGUGGCCUUGCUGAAUUUAGGGUGACAGGGUAUGGGGGGCUGGGCAAUGAAUGCUUCAUGGGCUUCAAGAAUCAAAUGUCCUGUGUAAGGAGCCUGCUGCAUGUUCUAACUAAUGCUCCUUCAGUCUCUCAGCCCUGGGCACCCAAACGCCUAGCUCCCAGCACUAAAUCUCAGUUCUUGCCUUCAGUUCCCUGAGCUGUCGCCUUGUAUUAUCAAAACAAUCAUUUUCAAAAAUGUUUCUUUGCUUUUCACUAGAAUUUUAAAAUAACAGGUUUUUGA